AUGAAUCCAUCGAUUCUUCAACAUCUUUAUCUUGGUCAUAAUGAUAUAACAGAUGUCGGCAUAGAACACAUAGCUGAAAUGUUGAAAACAAAUCGAAUGUUAACAUGGUUGUGGUUAUCUGGAAAUAAUAUAGGAGAUCGAGGAGUAGAACAAUUAGCCAACACACUCGCUUAUCACAACAGUAGUCUUGAAUGGUUAUUUCUUAAUUCAAAUAAAGCGAUUAGUGAUUCAAGUGCUGAUGCUCUUGUACAUAUGCUCAAACGCAAUCAUUCUUUAAAGACAAUCUAUAUAAAUAAUUGUAAUUUAUCAGAUGGUGCCAAAAAUAAACUUCAUGAGAUGGCAAAAUUAAAGAAAGACUUCGAUUUAGAAGUAUGA